CGCUCCUUGUACCCCUAUGGCGUGUUUGGAGACACCUGUCCCCUUCUGUCUGCACGUGUAGGCAAACCUGCUGCUGUGUAUCUCUGUCCGUCUCGUUUGAAUCAUGUCUGUCGUCAGAACGAGCUUAAAACUGUUCCUGUUCGGCGCCGUCUCUGUCCUGGCCGUGCUGCUGCUGCGACACUGGAUGGCCACCAAGCACUACGUUUUCAAUAAAGAAGACGUCGCCAAAUUGGCCGAACAGUACGCCGGACAGGACCAUGAACAGGCCUUCUCCAAAGUGGUGGUGGAACUCAGGAAAAGGUAUCCCGGCCACAUCCUGCCAGAUGAGGACCUGCAGUGGGUGUUUGUGAACGCCGGUGGUUGGAUGGGCUCAAUGUGCCUCCUUCACGCCUCGGCCACAGAGUACGUGCUGCUGUUUGGUACCGCAGUAGACACAGGAGGACACUCUGGUCGUUACUGGGCUGAGAUCUCUGACACCAUCAUAUCCGGCACCUUCAGACAGUGGAAGGAGGGAACGACCAAGAGUGAAAUGUACUACCCCGGUGACACCAUCGUACACAGUGUAGGUGAGGCCACGUCAGUCCAGUGGAGCACCGGGACGUGGAUGGUCGAGUACGGAAGAGGUUUCAUCCCAUCCACAUUGGGAUUUGCUCUGGCUGACACCUUGUUCAGCACCCAGGACUUCCUCACAAUGUUCUACACCGUACGCGUUUAUGUCAAGUGUCUGCUACUCGAGGCUGGUACACUACUUACAGAGAGCGGAGUUUUCUGAUCGAGUCUUGGACGCCUGCAAUAUGACAAUUACGUCAAAGGUUCGCCUGGUCGUCACAGAAUUUACCCCUGAACGCUAAAAUCUAGCAUGGAGGAAAAUAAUCUGCUGGCUCAUUCAAGAUAAAAAAUGUUUAAAUGUGAUUGUAGACAAAUUAGCACAUUAAUUUAUUUUUUGCCCCACAUUAGGCUAUCCAAAAUAAGGUGCUUGAAUCCUUUUCCCUUCAGCCUGUGACAUCAAACUGCAUCAACAGUGCGAUAUGUUCCACUGACUUCCAUAAAGGCUGUACCACUCAAUGGUACGCAGCAUCUUAGUCGACACAGCAAACAUUCAUCCGAGUGCUUCAGCUGCCUCGGUAGUCAGUAAGGUCUUGAAUAGUGUUUUAAAGAACGGAACCCCAAAAACCUUGUUCACAAGUAGUUUGUCAAAUCUGAGAUUCAUAAUCUGGGAAUUUUGAGCAACCACUCACCUUUUUAAAUUAAUUAUGGAUUAUAAAAUGCUUAAGCAGUGAUAAAAAGACAAACAUUUUGUGGGCCAAGGAAUCACUUUUACAACAAAUAUGCAAUUCCUAAUUUGCCUGUAAACAUUUUUCUUAGUCAAUACCCAUUUCACAUAUAUGCAUAAAUCAAGCCAAUCACAAAAAGCGACCCCGCCAAGAAGCGCGUUUGCUCCAAAGUCCGAAUCGCUCUCGAACUUUAUCUCUCAUUUCUUAAUUCUGAUUAUACUAUAUAUUUUUGGGAAAAUGUUGGAAUCCUGAUGGAAUUAUGUGUGUGCGUGCAAGGUCCCGUGUCAUGGCUCAAUCCAUACGAUGGUUAUAGACUCUCAUGGUGUCUGCUUGACGACAUCAGACUGUCAUUUUCACAUUUCUCCUUCUUACACCCCAACUUUUCUCUCUAAACAUUCAGGAUUGCCCAUUAUGACAGUUUUUUCAAAUACACAUUGUUACACUAACAGAUACUAAUGUGGGGACAUUUUGGAGCCAUUUGUGAAAUUCCUCUUUGGGUUAGAAAAUGGAAGAACACCCCCAUUGCUGCUCUGUAAUUAAGACCUCUGCUGUAUUGUACUGUAACCAUAGGUUUCAUUCUGAAAUAUUCCAUUGUUCUAUGGGUUUACAGAGACAUUGGCGGAACUUUUUUUGAAAAUGUAACUCAACUUGAAUGAUUUUGUGCCCUGACCAAGUAAGGCGACUUGGCUUUAGUGCCUUCAGCCCCCGUUCAUUGUCGGCAUAUUUGCACUAGCCUUAUAGUGAAAAGUCCACAGUAUCCACAGGCCUCAUCUUCUACAACUCCACCUUGUUGUUUGAUGCUGAGGGAAAAUCAAAGCCUUUUGGGAAUAAUAUGUAUUUACUUCACAUGGAAAUUAUGCUUUACAAGCAAAUCACUGCUGCCAAGUGUGGACUUGGCAGCAGUGAUUUUCCUUUCCGUUCGCACAUUUUCAGAUGAAGCGGUCUUAAUUUCAUACUGAUCUCUGAAGCUAUCAAUGGCCAUAUAGGGUUUCAGUGUCUGUCCAGCUACCCAAACUUGAGUUAUUUGAUAUACAGCAGCAUCCGUAGUGGGCUCAGAGAUGGAUGGGGAAACAAGAAAAAUGUUAUCGCUGUAGCAUAAACGUUGAGGGGGUGUGCAAUUUACUGUGUGGUGUUGAUAAAAACUUAUGGUGCCAGAGGAAAUAAAUGUUUUUGUAAGAAAAUGA